AUGGCUUUCACAUUAAAAAUUCAAAAGACCGCAAUCCUUGUGCUAGCAUUAUUUGUCAUCAGUAUUCCAAAGGGCCACUCUGAGGAUUCAGUUUCCCAGUUAACUCCGUGUAAACUUAACGAUCCCAAUAAUGGGCCCUGUCUAAGAGAUUUACUACAACAUUUACUACUGAGAGGUACUACAACACAUUCCAUUGAUCCGUACAAGUUAAAGAAGGCACGAGUUACUGUGGACAAUCCAAACAUUCGCCUCAACAUGAAUCUGACACAGGUUGUCAUUAGGGGUUUGUCACAAUCCCAAAUGAAAGAUGUUAUUGUUACUGAUGGCGAUCAUUUUGUUUUGAAUGUCAACAUUCCCAAAGUCCACAUUGCCGGUAAUUAUGUAAUGGAUGGUCGGGUACUAUUACUGAACUUGGCUGGAAAGGGUGAAUUCAGUGUGGAUUUCAGUGAUAUCGAUGUUCGUUUUACCCUGGUCGCAAAAGCAGUUGAACGUGAGGGCGAACGCUAUUUCAAUGUGGAAACCCUAAAAUCACAUAUCAAACAUUUGGGUAAUAUGCACGUCGCUUUUGCCAAUCUCUUUGGCAGCAACCAAGCUCUAACUGACAGUGCCAAUGAUCUAUUCAAUCAAAAUUGGCGUGAACUGGUCGAGGUUUUGCGUCCUGUUAUUGAAGAAUCCAUGGAUACGUCAAUUCGUACACAGGCCAAUAAAAUAUUCAGCAAUAUUCCUGCCAGAAGUAUUAUUUUGGAUGCGGAAUAA